AUGUCACUUCAACCCAGAGAAAAUCGUUCCAGCAAAUUACUUUCUAUCGAAGAAAAUACUUUGGUCUUUUCCUUACUUGGCGAACGACGCAUCAGUCAAUGUACGACAGUUGUUCAACUUUUUGUCGCCAAUCCUCCUUCAUUCUCGCGAUGGACUUUUCUUAGCAUGGGAGUUUUAUGUUUCGUCAAAGAUGGCAUCAAACGCUCUUACUUUCUGCGUUUAUAUUGCAUCAAACGUCGACAAGCGAUUUGGGAGCAAGAAAUCUACAAUGAAUUCACUUUCACGCAACCUCGACGUUAUUUGAUCGUUUUUGAAAGUGACGCAUCAAUCGUUUGUCUGAACUUUGCCAGUGACGACGAAUCAACCAAAUUAGGAAUAUUGCUGCAAAAAUACUUGGAAAAUCGACGAGAGAAACUCGCUAAUCGUUCAACUGCCAAAUCAAGCGUUUUUGUGGAUCAAAAAGUAGUAAAAGAGAUUCCCGAAGUAAUUGUCGGAAAGAAAGAAGCGAAAAAAGCAAAACGAAAAAUCAGCAAAGCCGAUAUCGGUAAUCCAACUAAUUUUGUACAUGUAGAAAGCGGAUCUCGUGACAAUCGAUUGAAAAUUUUGCUGGGCGGAAAGGUUGAACACAAUGAAAUUCCCCUUCAGAGACUCAGUAAAUUUCUUGACACAGCCGGAGUUACGCCUCGAAUGUUGGAUAACCGAAAGACAAGAGAUGCUGUUCAAAGUUUCAUUGAAGAAAAUCAACUUUUGCUGAAAAUAAGUCGUCCUGCGCCAACGAUUCCGACUAUACCUCCGCCAAUACCUGAAGAUCCUCCAAAUUUAGCUCCAAUUACGAAAACUCAAAACAUUUUGGCCCCACCUCCCCCUCCUCCGCCCCCUUUGAUGCCAAACUUGUUAGAAGCCCCCAUGAUGCCAACAAUUCAAGAAAAGCCUUCAAACCUUCUUUCGGAGAUCGAAAAGGGCAUCAAACUAACCAAAGUGGAGCCUGUUCAAAGAGAUGGGGGCAGAAACGACUUGCUUCAAGACAUUCAACGCGGAUUCGAUCUUAAGCCAGCCAAAGAUCGACAGAGAAAAAUCUCUCCAAUACCCUUAGACGAAAGUUCUGAUUUGGCAAAUGCCAUGAAAAAAGCACUAGAUGUCAUUCUUACCGCUAAUUACAACAGUGAUUCUGAUGACGAGGAAAUUUACGAAUCAUUCGACAAAUGGAAUGACGAAUAG